AUGAGGCAGUCACUCAUGUCUGUCAUCUUUGCUGCAGCACUCUUAUUUGAGUGCUAUGCGCUGUCAGUGGCGUUACCCAUGGGCAAGACUGAAGACACCUCCUUGGAGCAAGAUACUUUCACUUCACUGCUGAGUGAAGAGGGGAUGGAAAACAGCUUCAUCAACGCAGAUCUGGCCGCUGCAGGCAAAACCAGAGGACCGAGGGUCAUCGUCGUUGCCGAUCCAAGUCUGUUGAGGGACCUGCGGGUGCUGCACAACGGACUGUCCCUCAAGCGCAGAGCUGAAGACAACAACCAACUCAUCGAUCACAGAGAGUCCGGCCAGGACCUGAGCAUCCCCAUCCUGAAGAGGGACACCAUGAGGUGCAUGGUGGGACGAGUGUACCGGCCAUGCUGGGAAGUCUAG